AUUCACAACUUGCAAAAAUACUGAGCAGCGGGAAACUUUCUGUGGCUAUUUCAUCUAUUGCAUUUUCUACAGUGGACUCUCUGUUUAGUUAGCCAACUUUUUUUUUAGUUGGUCCUCCAAGCAUUUCUCUUGAAUUCUUUAUAUAACGGGUUGCAUUUCUCCACAAAAUUCGCACACACUUUUCUUAAAAUCGACCCCAAGGCCAUCCAAGAUGUAGAUGAGUUCAAUAUCUUGUGAAGUAAAAAGCCUUGUGUUUGUAUGUAACAAAUUCAUCAUGAAGACUUUUUAACUUUAAACUGUUGCUUCUGGCUAAAAAGUCCAUAAUCCAUAACAUUGCUUUCUCUACUGAAAAAGUUGUUUUAUAUGAACCAGGAGAGAAAUAUGCACAGAUCAAGCACUGUUUACAAACAAAAGCAGUCCAAAACAACAAAUAUGUUAGUGGAUUUUAACGAGACGACAACAAGGGAUGGACUUUUUAGCGUUAUAGUGGAUUAUGGACUCAUAUUGUGAACAAAAACACCUUAAUGAUGGGUUAGUUUCUUAUAAAUGCAGUUUUUCCUUCUCAAGAUGUUAACUGAUGGACUGGAGUGGUGUGGAUUACUUAUUGUGAUGUUUUUGUCAGCUGUUGUCAGCUCUCAUUCUGAGGGCAUCCAUUCACUGCAGAGGAUCCAAUUGGUUAGCAUAGACUCCAAAUCUGAUGAAGAAACAAACUCACCCACAUCUUGGAUGGCCUGAGGAUGCCUCAUUAUUUCAUCACUUUCAGAAGUAAAACAUCGUCUGCAAGACUUGUUUGGAAAAACGACACUGAGAGCAAAAAUAUGAAAAACUGCAUUAGUAAUGCAAUCAUCUUCAGUAAUGAAUCAUAAAUAAUGUUGAUCUAAAGUUUUCUAGAACAAAAGAUAUUUGCUUUUUGCAUCCAUGGAUCCGCGUUUCUCGAACAGUAUCCAGUGAUGUUGGUUUUCCAACUUGUUUCAUUUUAUCAGUAAAUGCAUUUUAGUUUCUCUGCAAGUAGAGAAAAAGCUAGUGGAAAUGUCGCAUGCAUCUAAGACCCCAGAAAGCCUUGCUGCGUCGCAGGUUGACCACCUCUCCAGCCUGAAGGCUUUGACUGAGAAGCUCAAGCUGGAGACCAGAAAGCCGUCUUACCUGGACUGGAGAGCGCAGCUGGAGGCGAUGCUCGCUCACAGCAACAGAGACUCAGAGCCGGCAGCGGUGCCUGGUGAUCCUGAGAAACAGAGAACGGCAGGCCCUGUUAAAUGGAUGAAGCCAUCGCCGGGUGUUAGUGUGGUCCAUGAAGGGAGGCAGCUGUCAGGAAACACAUUGGGAUUUGGAAGUAUGGACCAAGCGCUGGAGUGGCUCAGGAAAGAGCUGGCUGAGAUGCGUUUGCAGGACCAACAGCUCGCACGUCAGCUAAUGCGCCUGCGCAGCGACAUCAACAACCUGAGAAUCGUGCAGACCUGUAACCAACAUCGCAAGAUGCUGAAUGACGCCACAUUUGAGCUGGAGGAGAGAGACGAUAUGUCCGAUUUGUGUGACGUCCCCAUGUCUCCUGGAUUAGGCCUCUCAGCGCCGCUUAAGGUCAUCGGGGUCACCAAGAUGAACAUCAACUCUCGCCGGUUCUCCCUCAGCUAACGCUGCACCGAGGAGCGGGUUUUAAUCUUAAGUGAAGGAUACUGAGUGGUUUCAUAGAAUAUAAAAUAUUAUAAAAUAAGGGUAUUUUUAAAAUGUCUCUGAUGUUAUGCUUACAUUGCCUUAAAGUGCAAAGAGUCAACCGUAACAAUCAUCUGUACAGUGUAAUUUGUGUUUGAUAUUAUGUGACAUACUUAUAUAAUUUGGGGAAAAAAUGAUAUUAAAUUCAUUAUCAAACAAAUUCUUACCAAACAGGCCUCUUGUCAGCUGUUUUUAUUUUAAUCUUUGUAUUUUAUCUCUUUAGAGCUGAAUAUUUGUUUCCUACAACUGAACUUCCCAUCAAUAAAACAACAACAAACAAUAAAUAAUUAUUUUAUUGAAAAAAUUAAGGAGCAAAUAUUGAUAUGUAAUUUUUCAGUGUGAAAUUAAAACAAUGAAAAUGUUUCACUGUGUUCUAAAACAUAUUUGUUAGUAAAUAAUGGCAGAAUUUUCAUUUUUGGGUGA